ACCCCAGAGGUUCGUUCUGCCACGGAAGGAAAUAUACUCGAGUCCAUCGGCUCAUAUCCUACAGCUUUAUCGACCAGCAAAGGAAAUAAAAACACACUCACUCACACCCAACAAUACUCGACAUGAGUCGAAACACCAUCCACGACGUCCCCGAGACGGUCGCGAUCUUUGAACGCCAGCUCGAGAAUGGACAGUCCUUGGAGUACCGGCUGCAGGUGUUGCAGCAGCCCGAGAGGGCGAGAGCUUGUGGAAUGGGCGCAAAAUCGCAUGCCGACCGUCGACCAGUCGAUCCGCCUCCAGUUGUCGAGCUCCGAUUGUGGCAGGGUGUGGGCAAGGACAAGUCGGACGUGACAUUCGCACACAAUGCCAACUUCUUCCUGUUCGCCACCUUGGAACAUGCGCGCCCUGUCGCUCAGGCGCGAGGAAUGCCGGCUCCCGCUCCCGCUCCUGUCCUUACCGGUGUCCCUGUUUCCGGCAUGGCCUAUCUCGAUCGCCCGAACCCGGCUGGAUACUUCAUCUUCCCCGAUCUGUCCGUUCGACACGAGGGUAGGUAUCGCCUGCGAUUCGGCUUGUACGAACACUCCAACGAGGAGACUUCGUUCAACCAGUCUCAGGACCCGCUGGAGCCACGUGAGUUCUGCACCCAUCGCUUGGAUGUCAAGUCCAAGGCCUUUACCGUGUUCUCGGCGAAGAAGUUCCCUGGACUGGCCGAGUCGACCGCUCUGUCGAGGAUCGUAGCCGAGCAGGGUUGCCGUGUGCGCAUAAGGCGUGAUGUACGCAUGAGAAGGAGGAACGAGAGGGUUCGUGGCAGGGAUAGCGAGGAGAUGGACGAGACGGCGUUGUUGAGGGCUGGAAGGAAUGGAUCGACAGACCAGUACGACAUCGAGAACCACAUCCAGGCUCAGAAUGCCCAGCAACCACCGGCGCCUCAGUAUCACCAGCCUCCUCCACCGCCUCAGUACUCGAUGCACCGUUCGAAUUCCUUGGAUGCGCGCAAGAGGAGUGGGUCGGAUGUUUCAGUGGCGUCCGUGGCGGAGAAUGAUCAGCAGCCUCAGCGAUACAACAGCACCGGUGGAUACAUGCCGCCGGUGACUAACCACUACCAGGCACCACCGCCUCCUCCUCCUCCUGCGAGUCAGCCCCAACACUUGAGCUUCGGUAGCAGCACUCACUCGGUCCAGCCGCCGGCUCCUCCCCCUCCCGCUCCGACCUACAGCCAACAGCCUCCUGCGCAGGACAUGUACGGACGUGGUGGAUACCAGGGCCAGUACCAGGCGCCCCCACCGCCGCCACCGCCUCCGUCGUCGUACCAUAGCUCCCGCGAGAGCACCAUGGCGGCGCAGAGCCAGAAUGGCGACAGGAGAGAUUCGGUGGAUCAGUACCGCCAGAGGAGGGAUUCCGAUGUUGCGUACCACGCACCCACUCACUACAGGCCUUCCACCCCAUUGGCCCAGCAGCCGCAGUACAACGGCCCGAUGCAAAACGGAUACAACGGUCAGGCACAGCAGUAUGCUCCUCAGGUGCCUUACACCCAGCCACAGCCACAACAGGCACUUCCUCCGAUCCGCCUUCCUGCGCUCCCGCCGCUCGAGCCCAGAGUCUGGAGUGGCCAGCCCACGACUCCCGGUGCGACUGCUCCGUCGCAAUACUCGGCGCCCAACCCGGUGCCUGCGCCACCGUCGCAGCAACGCACUGCUGCCCCGCCACCACCACCCGUCGCUCCCUCGCAGAUCGCACCGCCGAACCCGAGCCAGUUCUCUGCGUACUACCCUUCGGGCUCCAGCGGAUACGCACCGACAACUCCUGCGUCCCAGGCACCGCAGCCACCUGCCACCGAUUCCUCCAAGAAGAGGCAAUGGGGCCGUGUCUUCAACACUGCGCACACGGAGGGAUCCAUGCGCAGCGGCAUGCGUCCGGACAUCGAGUCGGACAUGUACGGCAGCGACGCAACACCGUUCAGUGCCGACACCGAGGACGACGGCUACGACGACAUCAACAAGCUGAAGAUGACGUAUCGCCGUGCGGACGGUGUAGAAAUCGUGCGAAAGUUGACUGGUGGCAUCUAAGCUGUCUUCGUCAUCUUCUUCUUCCUUGGUGUUUGAUUUUUGGAUUUGUUUUUUUUUUUGGCUUUUUGGCUUUUCCUUUCGUUCGUAUUCAUGGUUUGGCGGGUUCCUCAUCUU